AUGACCGCGACCAUGGCGCUGCAUGCACUCCUGGACGACAAGCAUCGAUGGGCGUGGAAGAUCAUCGGACUCUGCCUGCUCUUGGGCAUCGCCGGACAGCUCGUCCCGAGCUACCUGCUGCGCGAGUCGCCGGGCGAGCGCCGGACGAACCUCGCGGUCGCGCAGGCCGAGCUCCACCGCAAGAGCGACCUCGUCCGCGCCAAGUACGUGGCGCUGCAGGAGGAGCUCGACGUCUUCCAGACCUCGAUCAGCGACGUGCUCAAGGCCAUGGCCUGGCGAAAG